CAGUGCGCCACGGAGCAAUCUCAGCCGCAUUGCAGUCGGUCGCCUUUGAGGGAAUGUAGAGAGAAGUGUUUGUAAUCCAGGGAAAGUCCUGACAGACAAACAAACAGACAGACGGAGAAGACGAGGCAAAUAUGUCCUGUGAUGAGAAAACAGCGCUGCUGGCAUCGCAGCAAGGACACCAGCAACGCCAGCACAUCAUUGUUUUGCCAAGGGAUCCAAAGGAUUAUGAACCCAUUUUCACAACUGCUGACUACUCAUACGGUCUGACGCUGGAGGAGCUGCUGCCCUUUGCCCUGGAUCCCUGGUGGCAGAGUGUGCGGCGUCUCUGCUCUUUCUGCCUCGGGUUUAUCUUCCUGCUGACCCUCUUCGCCGCCUUGGUACUGGCGCACUCCAACGAUGGCUGUCGGUCAAAUAGAGCAAUUAGCACGACCGUCAGCGGCCCCGGCAGCGGCACCACAAACAACAUCACGUUCCCGUUCUCGUCGCCAUCCACAUUCCCUCCGCCAGUGGCCUUGGCAUCCAAUGGCACUCAGCUGCUGCUGGCCAGUUUAUAGCUAAUCCCCAUAGCUCUUGGGGGAUGCCGCAAUACCACCCAUAGGAUUACAUCAGCCGCGCUCCCAAUACGCAUCUGUUUGGCUUUCCGGCAACGACUACGGACUACGGCUUUCCCACUCGACUACGAGUAUUCCAUUUGCUGACUAAGCGAUAAGCUUAGCACUGAGGCAGUACGGAAUCGAUUCGUGUUUGAUUACAAGCUUACUUUAAUUGUCAUUAUUUGCUAUUAAUUUAUAUUUUUAAUAAGUACAAUUAGACACGACUAUACGAGUA